UCAACCUUCCAUAACACUCUCAAUCGCUUUCUUUUUCUUUUCUUUUAUUAUUAUUAUUAUUUUAAUCUGUUUUUUUUUCAUUAAUAAUUAUUUGGAUGCACUUCAGUGAAGGGUAUAUGUGUCAAUACAUUUUCUAUAUAACUCAACUCCUCAUCUUUCUUCUUGGUUACACACAGUUUCCACUUUCCACUUUGACUGUACCCAAGUCACGCUUGCUCCCUCCUCUCAACUGCUUUGCUUCUCUCUCUCUCUCUCUCUCUCCGUCUCUCACUUUCUCUCUCUCCACAUACAUCGGUGUUGAACGAGAUUUUGGGUGAAAGAAUAGUGGUUAGUGGUGACUUCAUCUUUUUGUGGAUAAGGAUACAGCAGCAUGCGGUGGUGGCUUAGUCUAUCUGUUGAUGUAUAUCGUAAAGUGAUUUCCUUGAACCUGUAUUGCAAAGUUAUUCUGUAAUUCAAGAUCCUUUUACCAGAACCUCUUUCAAUCACCUCCCUCAUCUCUUCCUUGUCUUAAAUCAAUGGGGUCCAAUUUUUUUGUUGUCGUUCCUUGUUACGUUCGUCAGAUCAGCUGAAAAAAGCCACCCAUCUUGUUUCUACCGCUUCUGUUCAACUGGGUCUAGUUUGAUCAGUCUCCUCAACAUUUUAGCUGUCAUUAGUUUCUAGCUUUUUUUUUUCCUUAGUAGUUUGUCGACCAGUUAAAUCAGUGUUUUAGUUUGGUUUAUUGUUCAAUUCGUCAAAACCAGUUUCACAGGAGGGUUCAGAUUUCAGACUCAUUGUCUCUGGGAACAUCAUUGUUCUUUCAUUUUGAAGGGUUGGAAAAGUAGUUAUGGUGUGCCAAGCAGCAAGUCAAACCAGAUUUCGGGCAUUGAAACAUGAGAAUGGAACUGCAGGGACUGCUACCAUUAUAGUUAGAGUUAUGGCAUGCUUUCAACCUCUCAUAGAUUGCCAGGCUGAAUACUUCCGUCAUUUGCUCAAGCCUGUCACGUAAUAGUUUUUUUCUUUGUUCGUUUUGGGUUAAGCCGGUGGUUUUGUUGUUUUCCUUGUUGGUGAGAGUUACCAAUAGUAAAAGAUAGCACUUGUGUUUGAAUCGUUUUUAUUCAGGUGAUUUUUGUGGUUGAAUGGGAGAAAAUUGUGGAACCUGGAUUCCGGAGCUGCUUUUUGAUUGGCAAUCUCCCAAUUUGAGCUCCUUCAAUGCUGCACCCUUUGGCACGGGGAAGCAAAAUGGCACAGCUGCAGCUAUGAAUCCAGUUGCGAACUCGGUCUCGAUCGCAAGAGAUGCGACAAUGCCAGCAUAUGUGUCCUCUGGGCUGCCUCAUUCGCAGCUGGGACAUUCUGGUGAACCUCAUGGUUGGUUUUAUUGUUUGCCUCGAUUUCGGCAGGGAUUUACUACACCUGCUCGAAACUUCACUGCAGAGGAAAAACUCCCUGCUAGCCAUGCCAAAGGUUUUGGGGAGGAACAUGCCCGCGUUGGAGUGUCGGGUUUCCCUCAGAAGCAAUUCCUGGUUAUCGAUCAAACAGCUGAUCAAACAACUCUGGUUUACAGUUCAAGGUUUGGUCGGCCUGUUGAGUGCCUCACUUCCUGGGAUUCAAAGCUGCAUGGCUGUACCAAUUUGAACAACAGGGAUGAAUUGCUAUCGUUGAGGAGAGACGUGAAUCAUGUGGCUGGAGUUGGACCAACUUUGGAUGAUAAAGUUGAUGAAAAUCAGGGAACUGAUGAUGACAUUGAAAGUGAGAUGCAUGAGGACACAGAGGAAAUCAAUGCAUUGCUUUACUCUGACAGUGAUGGUUAUUCCACUGAGGAUGAUAAUGAUGACGACGAUGAUGAUGAUGAUGAAGUUACCAGCACAGGACAUUCACCCAGUACAAUGACCACUCACGAUAAUCGGGAAGAACCUGGUAGGGGAAUUGAAGAAGUUGCUAGCUCCUUUGGAGAAACAAAGAAGCGAAAGCUCUGGGACAGGGCUUGUGAUGGUGACACUGGUAGUUCUCUUGAUGGAAAAAGACCCUUUGAAGUUGAAGAUGAUGCAGAAUCAAGAUGCUCCAGUGUUGGCAACAGUAGUAGAGGGUCAGGUGGAAUGGGUUAUAAAAAGAUGAGAAAAGAGAAGAUUCAAGAUGUUCUGAGCAUUCUGCAGUGCAUGGUUCCUGGUGGAAAGGGCAAGGACGCGGUGGAGCUUCUUGAUGAAGCCAUACGUUGCUUGAAAUCAUUGAAACUGAAGGCCAUAAAGCUUGGACUUGAUGCCAUAUAAGUUGGAGAAUUAGAAAAGGGUAUCACUUAUUUAAUACGUUUAUGUUUGCGUGGUUUUAGAAUAAUAAACAAGGUAUGGAUAUUGACCUGAAAUAAUCAUGGAAGGUGGGUGUGAAAUGAAUCCCUUGAAGAAGGCAUUAGUAGAUGAUGAAGGUGGUAUUAUGUAAUGCAACAAAGAAAGAAAGAGGUAUAAUGGCGCAAUAAAGGAAAGAAAAGAAAGAGAGAAAUGAAUGAUUAGUCGAUGUCUUGGGGGUUAGAGAAAGUAGCACUAACGCUGGCAUGGGGUGUGAGCUGUUUUUGAAUGAGAAGACUGGUUGUUCCAAAAAGUACCCAAAAACGAGAGUGCACGCCUCUUGGCUGUUAUGGGCCCCAACCUCACUUCCUCUUUUUGUAACCUUGUCGUGUUCAAUCCUUGGUGGGUUUGCCUUUUCUCUGAUGUAAAAAUUAUCACUAGCUUUGGGUGUGAGUUGAGAGAGAGUGUGUGUGUGGUGACAACUUUGGGAGAAGGGCCCCCCCUAAACCCCUCUAUUUUCUACUUCACCAUGGAUGACACAGUAAUGUGGGAAACACUGAUCUUUGUGUUGUGUUUCGUGCUGCUAUUAUUAUGGGUCUUCCCUCGGAGGUUGUAUCGUAACUGGUGUAAGGGCUUGUUACAGAAGAAGGAGAAGAAGGUGAUAUCUUGGUCGGUCGAAAUUUAAUGUGGUUGGUGUUACUGUUGUCCUCUUGCCUAUGUAGUCACGCAUUUAUGAUAUCAGAAACUUACGUUUUUUUUUUUUUCAUUUCCAUUGUUACUGUUAUAAUUUAGAUGAUUUGUAUGUGCAUUGAUGAAAAUUUGAAAGCGUGAAAAGUUGUGUUGGUGGGGUGAUAACUGAUAAGGGCCCGAGGGGACCACAGCGUUGAAUUAUUAGUGAGGAAGAUACAUGUGACGUGUAGCACGAGUGGGGUUGUGGUGAGUAGUCAAUAGUCAUUGUAGGCAUCUAAGAAAAGAAAGAAUCUUGUACAGUGUUUUGUUGAA